UUCAUCAGCUGAUUUCCCAACCUACAAACUUUUUAAAAAAAACAAAGUGAUAAAAAUACAAAAUUAUGCAGUAUCAAGUUCAUUGUUCAAAUUGAUAAAGAAAGCCUAAAUAUUAAUUAUGGUAAACAGUGCAAUAUAAUCAUUCGUCUUCGUGAAAAAAAAUCAUUUCUUUUGAUUAUAUCAACAAUCCUGGAAGUUUAAAAAAAUAUAUAAUAAUAAAAUUAUUUAUUUUGUUUUUCUCCUCUUUAAAGUAUGUCAGAUAUCGUUUCAAAGGGAAACAAUAUAAAAUGUCGUCGUGGAAAUCGAGGUGUAAGAAAAAGUCCAGUACCAAUUAAUGGUGAUCUUUCAGAAAUAUUUUCCUCCUUUUUAAAUCUAACUGUUCCUCUUGAAUCAAGACCAUUGAGACAGCCAAAAACUCCUCUAAAUAAUGCAUCUUUUGUCGAGAGAAAUGCCGAAAUUCAUCAAAUGGUGGUAGAAACUACCGACAAUGAUUGGGCAACAGUGCCAAAUAAUGGAAAGAAACAAAGGAAGAAAAAAAAUAAAAUUGUUUUACAAACUCAAGAACAAUGCCAAAAUUCACAAAGUCAAGAUGAAUGUCAAGAACAUCAUUCAAUUCAAGAUAAGGAAAGAAAUCAUAAUAUGAUGGCAGAAACCAGUGACCCGAGAAAAUCACCGAUGAAUAUGAAAAGGCAGAGAAAAAAGAAAAGUACAAAUUUUCCUCAAGGCCAAAAAACAAUUUCCAUUCAAACCAACCAAGUUUCAAAAAAAACACAACAAGUCGUUUCACAUCAUCAAAUAAUCAAUGAAAGUUAUUCACGAAAAAAUUCACAAACUAUUUCUGCUGAAUUCAACGCUAUUUCUACUUCUUCCCAAGAGGGUUCAGUUGCGGAGGGAAAAAAGAAACGUACAAGAAAGCCGAAGAAAAAUAAAAUUUUCACCAACUCUCUAACCGAAGAAUUAUUAAGCAUUCAAACUGAAGAUGGAGAAAAUUCUCUUGAAUCAGUGACAAUAAAGAAGCAUAGCAAAAGAGUUUUCACAAGUUCCAAUCUCCGUAAAAAAUCGAAUGCAGAGAAAAAAUCCAAUUCAGAGGCAAAAUCAGAGAAUGGACAAUCAUCGAGUUCAAGUAAGGAGAAAAAAGAUCCUGAAAAGGACAAAUUUCCGGCCUACAUUGGUAAAAAGGAUGUAGUCCAAUUGUUGAAGAAUCAACCGAAAGAUAAUCCAAAUCUAGUGGAAGGAUAUAUUCGUAUAAAUAUGAAAUUCUACAAACAUGCAUAUGUCUCCGUGGCUGGUAAUGAAAUGGAUAUUUUAAUUGUUGGAAUACGAGAUAGAAAUCGUGCACUCGAAGGCGAUUUGGUUGUUGUUUCAAUAAAUCCCGAGGACAAAUGGUAUACGCAUGCAACAAAUGAAAUACAAAAAACAGGCGUUAUUGUUUCAAUUCUUGAAAAGAAUCAUCCAAGGAAGGCAAUUGGAUUCAUUAAGAAACAUCAAUCGGGAAUUAUAUUUCAACCACGUGAUUCACGUGUUCCGUAUAUGAAAAUUAUUAAUCCUCAAAUUCUACCUCAAACUUUCCAUGAAAAUCCCAAAUCUAUGGAGAAUACACUUUUCUUAGCAAAAAUUAAUUUUUGGAAUAAACCUGGAUCUGCUUUCGGGAGAUUGAAAGAGAGUGUUGGCAGUACUGGCGAUUUGAGAGUAGAAACAAAUGCUAUUCUUCUUGAAAAUGAUUUAGACGUAAAUCCAUUUGACGAUGACAUGAUAAAUGGGCUUCCAUCUGGGGAUUAUAUUCCCACUGAGCAGGAUUUAGAAGGACGGGAGGAUUGGCGAAAUCACUGCAUUUUCACUAUUGAUCCUGCCACUGCGAAAGAUUUAGAUGAUGCAGUUUCUUGUCAACUGUUAGUUAACGGUAAUUAUGAGAUUGGUGUUCAUAUUUCCGACGUUACACAUUAUUUGAAGCAAUUCACGGCACUCGAUGAAAAAGUAUCAGAACGAGCAACAACCGUUUAUCUCGUUGACAAUGUAUUUCAUAUGCUUCCAAAACAAUUAUGUGAAGUGUGCUCACUUCAACCGGGACGCGAUAAACUCACAUUUUCCGUUAUUUGGGAAAUGACACCGGCCGCCGAAGUUGUUAGGCAAAGAUUUGCAAAAACAGUAAUUAAUUCAUGUUGUCAAUUAAGUUACGAGCAGGCGCAGGCAAUGAUUGACAAUCCAUUAAUCGACUGGUCAAUGGAUACGCAAUUAAUUGUCAAAGGCGAACACGACGCAACACAAUUAUGCGAAGUAAUAAACGAUUUAUAUAAAUUAUCACUGCAAAUGCGUGACAAAAGAUUUGCAGACGGUGCUUUGAGAAUCGAUCAACCGAAAUUGUGUAUUACCCUUGAUCCUAGAACUGGAUAUCCGUUCUCUUGUUUUAUCGAGGAAAACAAGGACAGCAAUAGACUGAUUGAAGAAUUCAUGUUGCUAGCUAAUAUGUCGGUAGCUAAACAAAUUUAUGACACAAUGCCCGAAGUUGCAUUACUUCGUAGUCACAAGGAGCCGUCUACUCGAAUUUUAACCCAAACUCGUGAUAUGCUUGAAAAAUUUGGUAUUAUUCUCGACAUUGAAUCGUCAGGUGCUUUGCAAACAAGUUUAACUGAAUGUGAUAUUGAAACGUCAUCAAAUUUCGCCACUAAAAGUAGAAUGUUGGUGAUAAAUUCGCUAUGUGCAAAGUCAAUGACGAGAGCAAUUUACAGAUGUUCCAAUUCGAUCAAGGACCAGGAAGAAUUAAGGCAUUACGCUUUAAGUGUACCGUUUUAUACACAUUUCACAUCGCCAAUUCGUCGUUAUCCUGAUUGCAUUGUACAUCGAUUGUUACAUGCAUCAAUUAAAAAUCUUCCUCUACCUAAAAAAUGGAGUUCUCUCCUCUGCGCUAAAAUAGCAACGAAUUGCAAUGCUAAGAAAUAUUCAGCGAAAGUGGCACAGGAACAAAGUACUGAAUUGUACUUUACAUUUCUACUUGAAUUGAGAGGUCCAACGAGUGCACAAGCUGUUGUCAUGGAUGUUAAAGAUCGAAGCAUUGACGUGAUUAUUAUUGACGUUGGAUUAAAGACUCGAAUCUAUGUUGCUGACGUUGAGGAUGAAGUUAAUGCCGAAUAUUCGAUAGAACAUUCUGCGCCUACUAUUAAACUUAAUUGGAAGAAAACGGGUUUGGAACAGGUAAUAAACGUUUUCAGUAUUAUUGAUGUGCUGAUUCAAAAGCAUCCUUCAUUUUUCCGUCUGCAUGGAAUUAUCUUGCCUCCAUCAACAAUGAGCAUGAACAUGAACAGAAAGCAGAAGAGAAGAACUUUAAAAUAAAUCAACUGUUCAUAAGCGUUAAUAACGAAAAAAAAAUUAUUAAAUGUCAAAUUAAAUAGACAUGUUUGCAGAUAACAUAAAAACUUCAUUUCUUGAAGUUUGAAAAAACUUUUCUCUUUAAAUAUUCACUAAAGUGAAUAUUAAAUUUUGAUCUCGACGUACAUUGGAAUUUUUAAUUCACGUCUAGAAUCUAUUCUAAAAAUAAUCAAAAAAAAAUUUUUUUUGUUUUAUGAAAAUUUCCGUUCUUUUAUAAUUUUAUUUAUGAGUACCUGAUUUUGCUUAUAGGACUGUAAACAAAAAUGUACCAAAACUUAGAGAUUUUGUUAAUAUUUCACUGCAAUCAAUAAGCUUCAAGUCGAGAUGAAGUAAUUGAAGAACUCCAUAUUGGAAAACUUCAUUCCUUUUUUUAAAUAAGGAAGCAAAAAAAACAAGGAUUCUACUGGAUCUUUUUUCAUUUAAGAAAAAAAAGAUAAAUCUUUUUUGAAAGAUUUAGAAUCCUGUCUUUAUUUUUCUCACUGUUCGUUUUCGAUAUAAAUUUAAUACUUUUAAAAAUGGCCUUUUUUAUAUAAUAAUAUACGGUACUCAAAUUUAAUUAAAUACGUAAUUUUUCUAAUUAUCCUUCGAGAUAAUAAAAUGAGCAUAAUACUAUUUAUAUUAUUUUCUCCUUAUAGGAUAAUCCUUAAAGAUUUAGAGCGAAAUAAAAAAAAACUAUUUUAAAAUAGUUUUCUUCUUAUUGUUAUUUAUUUAUUUCUUCUAAAUAUACACCAUUAUUGCAUUUAUACAUGUAGAUUAUAUGUAUAAAUAUAUACAUAAAAUACAUACUUUUUCUUCCUCUUUCGUAUUUUAAAACAAAAACUAUUUUAAAAUAGAUUUUUCUUUUAAGUAGAAUGCAAAAUUCGAAAUAAUUUUGCAAAAAUUCAAAUAAAAAAUUUUCCCUUAAUAAAAAUAUGAAACAAAAUUUCUGAUUGCUUUAAAGAAAAUAAGUCAUGGGAAUUUACAAAGAGAUAAUCUUUAUUCAGAAAGUUUCCUGCAGCGUAAAAAAAUUCUUACACUGUUUAUUUGUUUGUUUGUUUUAACGGGUUCAGUGUUAUAAAUUAACGACGAACAAAUUGAUUAAUUUUCUGAUAAUUUUGUCCUUAUAUAAUUAUGAACAGCGAACAAAAUUUUGACAGGUUGUUUUAAGUAGUAUUAAAUAACCAUUGAUUUUAUUAAUUACAUAUUAUGAAAAUGUACACAUACUCUCAGAACAAUUGUUAUUAUUUUUGUUAAGUGAUUAAUAUUUAAUUCGCUCAAAUGUUUCUAACUGCGUACUUACAAAGUCAGAUGCAUUAUUUAAUUUAUUUUUUUCUUUUAUAUUUUUAUAUGAAAAUAAUAAUUCAUUUUUAAUCGGCUUUAAAUGAUCUCAAAAAAGAAAAGGAAAUAAAGGGGAAACUGAAUAAAAAAAUUCUUUGUAUGUGAGAAUUACAAGAAAAAUUGUACUGCGAAAAACAAUUUUAAUUUUUGUAAAAGUUUUCACUGGUGGAAUAAAGAUUUACAAAAAUAAAAAAAA